CAACUUCCGGCUACUCAGGAAGUUGUGGAGUUGUUUCCGGGGCGGUCGGAGGAGUAGGACUCAGAUGGGUCGUAGCCGUAGUCGCUCCCCGCGGAGGGAGCGUAGGCGAUCCCGGUCCACAUCCCGGGAUCGAGAAAGAAGGCGCCGAGAAAGGUCCAGGUCCCGGGAGAGGGAUCGCAGAAGGAGCCGCUCAAGAUCCCCACACCGAAGACGCUCCAGGUCUCCAAGGCGUCAUAGAUCCACAUCUCCUUCCCCUUCUCGACUGAAAGAAAGAAGAGAUGAAGAGAAGAAAGAAACUAAAGAAAUAAAGAGCAAAGAACGUCAGAUUACUGAGGAAGAUUUGGAGGGUAAAACAGAGGAAGAAAUAGAAAUGAUGAAAUUAAUGGGAUUUGCCUCUUUUGACUCCACAAAAGGGAAGAAGGUAGAUGGUUCUGUGAAUGCCUAUGCCAUAAACGUGUCUCAGAAGAGGAAAUACAGGCAGUACAUGAAUCGGAAAGGCGGAUUCAACAGACCUCUGGAUUUUAUUGCAUAAGACUUGAGGUGUUGGAGGAUUUCCUCCCGUUCAUCUGGGUCAGAGAGUAUUUUAUAUUUUGUAUUUCAUACACCUCAAAACAGGAUCUUGGUUCUUCCCUCUUGUAAAGUAAGAAAGUCUUAUUUAUGACCCCGGUGUACCUGUUUCCUCAGGAGGUAGCGCACUUGCCGCGGUCCUGCAGUGCUCACAGCCCAUUUGUCUUGCUCCUUUGAGUCUGUAUGUGCUUUCUUCCUGGAUGCUGUUAGGAGUUCUUAAAAACUGAAAGUGACGUAGAUGUGAGUUUCUUCAAUAAAACAGUAUUUCUACCCAUUUUAAUUUA